GCAACGUGAGAAACAAAGAAUCUAUAGUGAAUAUUAAGUCACGAACACUAAAAUGCUUCUCUUUGAGUAGCAGCUCCCGAACGUCACUUCCGGCAACAAUAGGAAACGUCAAAACUCCGAGCGUCCGCAGCUCUGGCUCCAGCAGCCCGAGGUGCUCUGAGUUUGCAGGGGGUUGGUGUUUUUGUUUUUGUUUUUGUUUUUGUUUUUUGGUACUCUUACCGCCGUUAUCUUCACUGACGUGCACAAGUAAAGGUUGGAAAGGUUUCUCCAUGGCCCAGGCACCAGUUCCCGGCUGAAUCAUUUUCUUUUUGGCUAAAAGUCCCCGCCCAGAGACCGAUUCGUCGCGGCGGCGGUGGAGAUCGCAGGUGGCUCAGGUACAAGCGUCACUUAUCAGUUACCUCUUUUGCCUGUACACCCUCACUUUUCUCCCUGAAGUAAGGACAGCGGGAGCUUGCCACUCGGCAGAAACUGGCCGACCAGCAAGAGUUUAGGACCAAUGACAGUGGAAAGCACCUUGAGUGACAGCGGGAAUGGCUUAUUAAAAUGAACAUUCCGUAUCCUGAGGCGGGAAUGGGAGUGCCCUUUAGUUUCUAGGCCAUUGGGUUAUAGGUCGGCUUGGGGACUCUAGGUAGUGACCCGGCUUCAUUCUGAAAUGAAACGGAGAAAUACCAAAGGUCACUUUCUCUGGGUCCACGUGUUGCUUUUUCAGGCUUGCAGAUGGGUCAAGGGCUGUGGAGAGUGGCCAGAAACCAGCAGCUACAACAGGAAGGCUAUAGUGAGCAAGGCUACCUACCCAGAGAGCAGAGCAGGAGAAUGGCUGCAGGCAGCAUUUCUAAUACCAAUCACCGUAAACAAGUCCAAGGAGGCAUUGACAUUUAUCAUCUUUUGAAAGCAAGGAAAUGUAAAGAACAGGAAGGAUUCAUUAAUCUGGAAAUGCUGCCUCCUGAGCUAAGCUUUACCAUCUUGUCCUACCUGAAUGCAACUGACCUCUGCUUGGCUUCGUGUGUUUGGCGGGACCUUGCUAAUGAUGAGCUUCUCUGGCAAGGUUUAUGCAAAUCCACUUGGGGUCACUGUUCCAUAUACAAUAGGAACCCACCUCUAGGAUUUUCUUUUAGAAAAUUGUAUAUGCAGCUGGAUGAAGGCAGCCUCACCUUUAAUGCCAACCCAGAUGAGGUAGGUAAAGAAUGUGAAUAUUUAUAUAAGUUGAACUUUAUUGCUAUUUUGCUGCAGUAUUCUAAUUUAAUAAAUUUGCCUAUAAAAUAACAAGUCAUUGAACACACCUUUUCAGUCAUUGAGAACCCAGUAUUUUAAGUUAUUUUUCUAUGACAUAGUCAUUUUUCUUUUUCUUUUCAUGUCACAUUCUUACCUAUCUAUCUGCUCACUUUAGAUAGAAGUCCUCUACUGGUCUGACUAAGGAAUACAUUAGUGGAGAACAAAUUUUGUUCAUCAAA